AUGGUUAAUACCAAAACAACCCCCAGAAAACAACCUGAAAAUUGUCCGAUGUGUACAUUUUCCACAUCAAGUCGUGAAGCACUGUUUAAUCAUGUUCUAGAGUGUGGAAAGAAACAGCAAGAAAAACAGUUUAAGUGUGAUAAGUGUCCCUAUGUUUCACUGAGAAAAGCGAACUUGAACAGACACAAGAAGUGUAAGCAUCCAAGUGAGAAAACUGAGCAAAAUGAGAAGAGUGUAGCAGCUAUGGCUAGACUUCGUGAUGAAUUACAGAUCUCGAGUGACUCAAGUCCUAAUAACAGUGAUGUAGAAGAACAGAACAUUAGCAACGUUAUACCUGACAAUAGUUUAGUUAACUACUAUGAAGAACCUGAUGAGUCUUCAGCUCGUAGAGAUCCAGUGAUUGAGAAAGAACAGGAGAUGCAGGAUUCGCUAAUCCUUGGAAGGGUCGUGAGAAAAAGAACUAUGCCCGAAAUAUUCAUUCCUGCAAAGAAAUCCAAGUUAUCAACUGGAGGUACAAAGACAACGCUUGGUUCCGACGUGAGAAGAAGCUCAAUACCUGAACCUCAAGUUGAUGUGUUUGUACCAACUAUUUCUGCACCUUCUCACGAACAGUCUGUGAACAGUAAAAAUAAGACAAUGAAGGACAUUGCAGUACAGACAGUACCAACUAAGUACAGUAGAGUUGAAAAGACUGUUACAACUAAAACGGAUGAUGGUUCAGUUAGAGUCAGUCGUGUAGUAGAGGAGGAAAUUGUGAUUAAACUGUAA